AUGACAGACAUCGAGAGGCAAAGGAAAAGAGAAGAGGAAAAGCGGAAGAAGGAGGAAGAGGACAGGAAGAAACAGGAAGAGAAGCAGAAGAGACAGCGUGAACAGGAGGACAAGAAGCGCAGGCUUCGAGAACAGGAAAAGAGGACCUCACUUGGCUCCUUCUCGGGCGACAAGCGAGUCGGCAGCCUCUUCAGCAAGCUCAAGUCUGCAUUUCAGCCCCCUGAGCCACAAAAAUACUCUGAAGGUCCUGACGGCACGACCACGCCAAUUCCGCGGCCGCGACCCCAAGCGAGGACCAGGGUACGACCUGUCAGCUGGUUGAGUGUUACGAGCCGACUGUCCAGAGUAGAGGACACACCACCCGGCGACGACUCCUCGUCACCAACCUCCGAACUUCAACUGCAAGCGACAGCGGCAUCUCAGGCCCCCGGACGACGAUCCACGACUGUACCCCCGACAGAGGACCCCAUCCCCGAGCACGAGCAAGAGCAAGAAGCCGCUGCGCCUAGCGAUUCUCCCGUACCAGAUACCCCGAGAACACGGAAUCCGGUAGCUGCACCCGUCACUUCCGCACCGUCAGCACCCGCUGUCACAACACCGUCGUCAUCCACAAUGGUGGACGUUCCUCUCAGGGCGCCUCGCCUGUCAGCCGGACCAGCCAUCCCAGCUGGCCACUCUCGCCGGAACAGCUUCAUGUCUGUUAGGUCGGCAAAGAGCGCCAUGAGCUCCUCGGUCCAGGAGAUUCAACAACCUAAGCCAAUAGCGUCUGGCAGUGGUUUAUCGUGUACGAUCAUUUUGGCUGAGCCAAAUGUCUUUUUGACAGGAUUCGAUCAUGACGGCCACACGAGACACGAGAGCCACAACUCCACCGCACUGCUGCGCGGUAAACUGCAACUCAAUGUCACCAAGAACACAAAGGUCAAAUCUGUUACCUUGAAGCUCUUGGGCAAGGCGCGUACGGAAUGGCCCGAAGGGAUUCCUCCUCUCAAGGUUGACAUGUACGAGGAGGAGUCGUUAAGAACCCAGGCUCUGACAUUCUUCCACGCUAUGCACGACGGCUGGGAGACCGAGUACGGGAACCAAUGCACGUACAAGCUCAAGGGCACACCCAUGAACCUGAAUCUGAACCGGUCAUCCCUAAACCCUGGGGACUCGGCGUCUGUUCUGCAAAUGGGCAGUAGGCACCGGUCGAACAUGUCUGCCAAGGAGCUGAAACGUCUGUCCCUCCGCUCUGUCGAAUCGAGGAGUUUUGGUAAAGGCGAAUCCCCAGUGGCAAAUCAGGUUCAGGCAAGGGGUUUCAAAGUGUUCUUCCCAGGCAUGUAUGAAUACUCGUUCGAACUACCCAUCGAUCACCACCAGCUGGAGACUAUCAAGCUCCAAUACGGCGCCGUCAAGUGGGAGCUCGAGGCAGCUGUCGAACGUGCCGGCGCCUUCAAACCCAAUCUUCAUGGCACCAAAGAGGUAUCAAUCGUCCGUGUUCCUGACCAGAUGUCGCUUGAGACCUCGGAGCCGAUUUCGAUAUCUCGACAAUGGGAGGACCAGCUGCACUACGAUAUCAUGAUAUCGGGCAAGUCAUUCCCCAUCGGUGCCAAGAUCCCCAUCGCCUUCAAACUCACACCGCUCGCGAAGGUGCAAGUGCACAAGCUUAAGGUCUUCGUCACUGAAGCGAUCGAGUACUGGACCAACGACCGGAAAGUGACGAGAAAGGAUCCUGGGCGGAAGAUCUUGUUGCUCGAGAAGACCGCUGGAAAGCCCCUCGACAAGCAGUACGAAUCUAGUCAACUGCGCAUCCUCAGCGGCGGCGAGCUGUCCCCUGAUGAGCGAGACGUCGCACGUCAAGCCGCACAGCGGAGAAGGACCAUCGAAGCUCAGCGUACACAUUCCUCGGCAGCGCCCCUCCCAGAGCCUACCGAGAACUUACUUGGUGACCUGGAUCUUGGCCUGGAGACAUACUGGGGUUCGACAGAGAUGGAAAUGAAUGUGCAGAUGCCAACAUGCGAAAUGAUGGCCAAGGAUAAGUCACUGAGACUGCAUCCCGACUGCAGCUGGAAGAAUGUCAACGUGUACCACUGGAUGAAGAUCGUGAUGCGUAUCUCUCGUAUCGACCCAGACGAUCCGGCUGGCAAACGAAGACGGCACUUUGAGAUCAGCAUCGACUCGCCUUUCACGGUACUGAACUGUCGCGCGACACAGGCUAACACAGCUUUGCCCGAGUACAACAGCCCAGACACCAGCGGAACGCGUCACCAGACCUCGUGUGGCUGCCCAGAUGCACAGGUCUUCAACUCAGGCACCACGCCGGACAAUUCCAGUGGAAGUCUUGUCGACACCGCACCUGUCAACGCCGCGCUGCCCAUGCCACCGCAAGCGGCUCAUCUGCACACGUCCUCGCAAGGGAUCAAUGGCAACUCAACUGCUGCAUCCCCAACUGCCUCAUCCCCAACGACGGCUACCGCAGGCGCUGCAGGACCAACUUCGAAUCCGGUGUCCCCGAACCCCCUGCAAAGAGUACGAGACCAAGAGUGCAAUCCUAGACCGAUGCACCUGCUUCGUUACCCGUCCUUCGACCCGCCACCAUUUGAUUACGACCAGGCGCCUCCACCACUGCCCACUCCUCCACCCAACUACGAUAUAGUGGUUGGCACUCCUAGUGUCGACGGUUUGGCCGACUACUUCCAGCGCCUAUCGCACUACGAAGACCCAACCCCGAGCCAGGUCGAGGAUGACUAUCUGGCUGCAGGCGCCGUUGGCUCAGGUGGCGAUGGUACCGAUGACAUCACGCCUCCUGCGCGUCCGGUGGCAGACGAGGGUGAAGACACGGAGGUUGAGUCCGACUCUGACUCGGCUGACGAGCAAACACCGGCGAGAACCGUGAGCCGGGUUGGAACUGUCAACGUGGCCAACCCGCGGACACCUGGUGGAAGGCUCGUGCCGAGCAGGAGCUUCGAAAUCGAAAGACCCGCAGCUGACUUCGCCUUGAGCAUGGCUGGGGUAGUCAGGAGGAAUGGAACCGACAACGCUUCUUAG